UGUUUGAAAAUGUUUUACGUGUGUGUAGAUCUUUAGGUGGAUGGAUAAAAAGAAGAUGGUGUUUUCUCCCUCCCAACUUGAGCUUUUUGUGGAUCUUCUGGGCGAGCUUAAAGGAGCAGAAGCGGCUUUAGCCUACUUUGACAAAGUAGAGCCAAAUUUCGAUGAGAUGGACGCUGAAGCCAAAAACCGCCCUGCUUACUUGAAGCUCUUGUAUUGGUUCCGGGUUAAAGAAGAGAGUCAGACUUCGGGGGCAAGAACACAUGUUCUCAAGUUCCCUAAAGUUGAUGAUCCUCAAUGGGCUAAGAAUUCUACUCCUACUACUCCUGCUCAGAAGAGAAAUCUUUUUUCCAAGCUCAAAUCCUCUGAAACCUGUUGUGACCACCUUUUGAGAGAGAUGGAGGACCAAGGGUUUUGCAUCACCAAAGCAGAUCUAAACCGCUGGAUAAAACUCCUCGAAAAACAAGGACACACACAGAAAGCUCUAGAGAUCGACGCGUUUAAGGAGUGGAAAUACGUUUCCUUUUAUCAUCAACUGCGUGGAACGUUUAACCGUAGCUCUGUUUCUUGGGAUCCAAGUAACAAUAUCCCUGACGUAACUCAAGUGGCGACAACAGGCUUUUUGCAUGGCUAUGCAAAUUCUACGUAG